AUGAAUUUGAAUCGUGUUGCUGCUGGAACGGGUAUUUUCGGAUUAGCUUCGAAUCAACUCAAUCAACCUCAUGGAAUCUUUGUUGAUGUGAAUUUGGAUUUAUAUGUGGCAGAUUGCCUAAAUAAUCGUGUUCAGUUGUUCCAGUCGGGAGAAUCAAAUGGCAUCACAGUAGCUGGAUACGCAUCACUUAAUCCAACAAUUACACUUUAUUGGCCAACUGGAAUUAUAUUAGAUGCUGAGAAAUAUUUAUUCAUUGUGGAUCAACUCAAUAGUCGCAUUGUUGGUUCAAGCUUGAAUGGUUUUCGAUGUUUAGUUGGAUGUUACGGAGGCGGGGGGCAAUCCAAUAAAUUGAGCGGUCCACUUAGUUUGAGUUUUGACCGUUCUGGAAACAUGUUUGUUACUGAUACAUCAAAUCAUCGAAUUCAAAAAUUUUUCCUGAUGAAGGAUUCUUUUGCUCUUUCAUUCAAUCAGCCAAAGUUUUGUCUAAAUGCUACUUGGAAUUUUAAUGGAUUUACCAUUGCCAAUCGAUCGAUUGUUGGUGAAAAACCUUGGGCCAUUUUUGUGAACACAAACAAUACAAUUUAUGUCGCUAAUCGAGAAAACAGCACAAUUCUAAUAUGGCAAGAAGAGAGUCUCAAUCCAACAAAGAUCAUUCACGGUAAUUUUACAGAGCCCUAUUCUCUCUUCGUGACGUCAAAUGGUGAUAUUUAUAUUAAUGAUGGUAAGUAUGAGAGUGGUCAAGUACAGAAAUGGAGUGCAGAAACAAACACCUUUGGGACGGUGAUGAAUGUCAACUCAUCAUGUUAUGGUUUGUUUGUCGAUAUCAAUGAUACUCUUUAUUGUUCAAUGCAUGAUCAUCAUCAAGUAGUGAAAAGAUCAUUAAGCGAUUCGGUGAUUAAUUCGAAUCGUGUUGCUGCUGGAACAGGUAAUAAAGGAAAGGACUCGAAUCAACUCAAUCAACCUCAUGGAAUCUUUGUCGAUGUGAAUUUGGAUUUAUAUGUGGCAGAUUGCCUAAAUAAUCGUGUUCAGUUGUUCCAGUCGGGAGAAUCAAAUGGCAUCACAGUAGCUAAUCAAUACUUAUCAAUUAAUCCAAUAAUUACACUUGAUUGUCCAACUGGAAUUAUAUUAGAUGCUGAGAAGUAUUUAUUCAUUGUGGAUGCAGGCAAGAAUCGUAUCGUUGGUUCAGGCUUGAAUGGUUUUCGAUGUUUAGUUGGAUGUGAUGGAGUGGGUUCGCAAGUCAAUCAAUUGAAUAAGCCAUUUAGUUUGAGUUUUGAUCGUUCUGGAAACAUGUUUGUUAUUGAUUUCGGAAAUCAUCGAAUUCAAAAAUUCAAAUAUUUAAAAAGAUAUUGUGUGAAGGUGAUCGAAAGUGGUUCCUACAGUUUUCAUGGUAUUGGUACUAUUGAUCCAUAUGGAUCUAUUUACAACAACAAAUUUAAUCCACUUGAUCCAUCGAAGAAUUUGAUCGACCGGGAGUACGCUCGUCCCCCUGAUAUUCACUUUAAACUUGAUAUUCAUCUUUAUGUUGACAUAAUAUAUGUAUUGGUUAUUUCAACAUUUGAUUCGAAAGAAACUGGAGAAUUUUCGAUCAAUGUAUUGGGUGAAAAUAAAGUUAAUCUCGAUCGUCUCAGUACUCCAGUAAAUAUUCAGCUAAGAUAUCCAUCAAAAUUAACUGAGAAUAGUCCAACAUAUUAUCGAGAUUGUGAAGUACCACAAUGCCAUUAUGAAACUUUACAAAUUUAUGUUAAUACAACGAGUUUGUAUGUUAUUUGGAGUGAAGGUAAUAUUAAUGCAUAUGGAUAUAUCUACAAAAAUGAUUUCAAUCCUCUAAAACCAUUUGAAAAUUUACUUCUGUCACAUGACGAUCCAAAAGAAAGUAGUUGUGUGAUUGGUGAUCAAUGUAACAUUUAUCUCAAAGGGAUUGGUUUGACACUCGAUGAUAUUUUACGCGAUGAACUUCAACCAAACAAAGUGUUGAAUAAUCAAUCAUUUUCGAUUAAAUUAAGUGCGGGUUUAUCAAUAAUUAUGUUUGUCGCAGGAUUAAUCAAUAGUAUUCUUUCUUUUAUUACAUUUCAACAUAAAGAUUCUCAACAAGUUGGAUGUGGAAUGUAUCUAUUGGCGUCAUCGAUUACUUCUCUUUUGACACUGAGUAUAUUCAUAGUUAAAUUAUGGUUUGUUGUUUUUACUCAUAUCAAUGUAUCCACGAGUCUCUCUAUUCUUCGUGGAGGUUGCGCAUCUAUUGAACCAAUUCUAAAACUUUUUCUCUACUUGGAUGGUUGGCUUAAUGCUUGUGUAGCAGCUGAACGAGCAGUGCUUAUGUUUAAAGGAGUAAACUUUGAUAAGAAAAAGAGCAAAUUUAUUGCUCGACGAACAAUUCUUAUUUUACCAUUCUGUAUUUGUGGUACUCUUAUUCACGAGCUCGCAUCUCGCAGAUUGUUCGUUUAUGAACCAAGACUAGAUACGACAUAUACGAAUAAGACUAAUGAAGACACAAACAACCGAUAUGUAUCAUGUAUUACUCAUUAUUCUCCUUCUAUCCAAGGUUACAAUACAGCUGUUCUAUUUUUCCAUCUUGUUGGUCCAUUUUUUGUUAAUCUUUUCUCUGCAUUAUUCAUCAUCUUUGGAGGUGCUCAACAACGAUCAGUGGCACAGGCUAAUAAGACUUUUAAACAACAUGUUCAAGAACAAUUCCGUGAACAUAAACAAUUGAUCAUUAGUCCAAUAGUUUUACUCAUCUUAUCAAUACCUCGCCUGAUCAUUUCACUACUUCCUGGUUGUGCGAAAACAUCUAAAAACUUGUGGUUGUAUCUUGGAGCGUAUUUCAUUUCGUUUACUCCUUCAAUGCUAAUUUUUCUUAUCUUUGUCUUUCCUUCAGACUUGUAUAUGAAAGCAUUUAAACAAUCUUUGACUUGUAUUCGAAGGCGUACUCCUCCGUAA